GCACGUUGUGCACGUUGGUAGUUUGACUCUUGAAGAGCCUGCACAGUUUGUUUACGGUUUACUGUACUCGUUUAGUGAAAUUUAUGAAUAAAAUGAGAGAAGUGUGAUGGAUCGUUAAAAAAUGUCGACAGAAGACUACGUUUAUAAAUGUUAGAUACAACAACUGCAUUUAUUUAUCGUAAUUCAUAAUGGCAAGCGAAAUAGAAACAAGCCUGCUUAUAAUUGUAUUGGAUGUAAACCCAAUGCAAAGAAUUGUAAAGCAUGAAACAAGGAUAUUGACACAAUGUUUAGAUUCCACUAUUGUGUUUGCCAAUUCUCAUUUAAUGCAAUCCUCCAAUAAUCAAUUGGCAGUGAUAGCAUGCCACAGUCAUGGAGCAACAUUUUUGUAUCCGUGUGAAAAGCCAUCAGAAAUAAGACAAAUUGAUGGACAAUAUGAAAAGUUUACCAUGGUAGAACGUACUGUUAGGCAUCAACUGCAAUUAAUUAUUAAUGAGAUUUCUAUGGAUAAACCAUUAAACGGAGAAAGCCUGAUAUCUGGGGCAUUGACCAUGGCGUUGUGUUAUGUUGCAAGAUUAGAGAGAGAAAAAGUAGCAGUAGAGAAAUUACAUUCAAGAAUUCUUGUGAUCACUGCAAGCAAUGAUUCUGCGAUGCAAUACAUGAAUUACAUGAACAUAUUUUUCACUGCUCAGAAAAUGGGAAUAAUACUGGAUGUAUGCAGUUUAGAUCAAGAGCUGACUUUGCUUCAACAAGGCUGUGAUAUAACUGGUGGAAAUUAUUUAAAAGUUCCACAAUUAAGUGGAUUGUUACAGUAUUUAUUAUGGAUAUUUCUGCCAGAUCCAAAUAUUAGAUCAAAAUUAGUAUUACCACCACCUGUGAAAGUUGAUUAUCGUGCAGCAUGUUUUUGUCAUCAAGAACUUAUUGAUAUUGGCUAUGUGUGCUCCAUAUGUUUAUCAAUAUUUUGUAAAUUUAGUCCAAUAUGCACUACUUGCCACACGGUGUUUAAAAUGCCAGGACCUAUGCCUAUGAAAAUGAAGAAAAAGAAGAAGAAUGUAGAUAUAGUUCACUAA